AUCAUCUGGAAGCAAAGCAGGACAAGUUUGGGCCCCUGAAGGAUCAACAGCCUUCAAGUGUCUCAUCUCAGCCAGGUUCUGUGCAGCUCUCUUAAGCAACAUCUCUGAUUGUGAUGAGACGUUUAACUACUGGGAACCAACACACUACCUCGUUUAUGGAAAGGGGUUUCAGACAUGGGAAUACUCUCCAGCCUAUGCCAUCCGCUCCUAUGCUUACCUGUGGCUUCAUGCCUUGCCAGCCUUGUUCCACGCUAGAGUUCUACAAACUAACAAGGUUCUUAUCUUCUAUUUCCUCCGAUGCUUCCUGGCCUUCCUGAGCUGCAUUUGUGAACUCUACUUUUACAAGUGAGUAUUAGAAGCUGUCUACAGUGA